AUGGAUAAACAAGAAGAAGAAGAAGAUAUUUCUGAUGAAGAAUUGUUAAGAGCUGUAGAAGAUCUUGAACGGACAGGGUAAAGUGGCGGUGGUAGUGUUUCAAAUCGUGAAGGAUACUUCAAUUUCAAACGAACCCAAUUCAGAGAAAAAAACGCCAAGAGUUAUGGUAUCAAACGCACUUCAUAUCAUUUAAAAGUGCAAAACCCACAGGAUACCUUUCCUGUUGGACAUGGGAAUAUUAUAAGAGCUUUUGAAGAAGGACUUGCUAGAAGUAUUCAAGAUUUAAUCGUUGGAUUACCAAAUCAUGAUCGUAUUCAAAUCUAUAUUGGGAGUAACAGACUCAGAAAUUCUCAUACUUCAGCAAAUGUUUCCAUCGAACGAUGGCGUGACCCAUUGGGUGCAUCCAGACAAGUGCUUCAAAAUAAUUCAAAUCUACUCAAUUCAAACGAAAACUUUGAUUUGGAUGAUACAUUGCAACUCGAUGUCACACACAUCACUAUGCCACCACCCGGAAGCGGUCUCCCCAAAGGAAAACGCAAACGACAUUGUUUUGGAACAGAUAAUUACGGAGAAUUUCUUCAUUCCAAAUGA